CAAAGAACAUGUUUAAUUUUGGUCCCGGCAAUGAACACUUGGGAAACAAAGUAGUGUUAACGUCUCCAACAGAGGCUUACGACUGUGACAUCCACGAAGAUGGCAACACAGAGCAGCUUAUUACAUGUUAUACAAGGCCCAUGCCGCCCGACCUCUACAACAUACAGAUUACUGUGGAUGGCCAACUGAUAGAUGACAAGAGGAUAUGUCGCGGCAAAAUCAACCAUUGGCAUUGCACACACCGGACUUACAAACAUUUAUCCCCUGAGAUCAUAAAAAUAACACCAAUCGCAUCACGACCAGGUGGAAUGCUCAAAAUUGAUGGGAAAAUCUUCACAGAUCUUUUUGGAAGCUCCAAUUCCACAGCAUCAAACGGAAGAGUAGAAAAGAUUGUCAGAUCGCGAGUGAGAGACGAGAAAUACUUUUUGAGUCGAGCAGGGAAACUGUAUCAAGUACAGACUUAUGCAGAAAUUAAAUCGGUGGAGCCGCGUGAAGGCAGUGUCCUUGGAGGUACUUUGUUAACCAUCAAAGGAAAAAACUUUGACGAAACAACAGCAAAAGCCAAAGUAUUCGUAGGAGGGAGACCGUGCGUGAUCACAUCAAAAAUAACAGACGAUUCUAUUCUCUGUGAAGUGGAUUCGAAACCAGAACACAUGCCAUUAAUACAUGCAGGAAACCGUGGUCUGAAGAUCGAGAGCUGGGAUAUCGGGGCUCAGUCGUUUUCGAAAUUGAGAUCCUUCAAUAGCACCACGUCUGGUUAUAUGGAGGGCUGGAAUGAUAACGGUGAAUAUUCCACAAGUAAAGAUCGAAAAAGCAUACGAAUGUUAGGGUUUCUGGUUCCAAUUUACUCCGGUAGACAGACCCUCAAAUUAAACGGUAACGGACCGUCACAGAUUUGGCUGAGUACGAACGAAAGUAAAGAAUUCAUGCGUCGGACUGAAAAUGUUGAAAUUGAUCUGAUCAAAGACAAAAGGUAUUACAUAGAGGUUUUGUAUGAAAACCGAUACGCGAAACCUACAUCGGAAGUCUUGGCAAGAAUGUUUAGCAAGAACAGCUCUGUGACUCAGUCGCAGACGGGUUACAGUAGAAACAUGAAACAAAGAAUCGUUCUCAGCACAACUGAAGUCAACGAAACAAUGAUAAUAAAAUUGAAUGAAUUAAACAAAACUGAAAGUUCCGAUGACAUCCAGAGUUUAAUAAUAAGAAAGAAUUCUCCCCAGACCGACGGUGCUAAAUUCAAGUUGAAGUUUGGUAAAGCUGUCACGUUACCACUUCCAGGAACUGCAUCAGCAAAAGAUAUCCAAUAUGCUUUAGAUUCGUUACCAAGUCUGACCAGAAUGGUUCGAGUAGUAGAGAACAGUACAGGAAACACAACCGAUUUCUACAUUUUCUUGAAGUUACCCAUUGGAAGUCUGCCGCUGAUAGAAGUCGAACACGUUCCUGAUUAUAAUGGCAACAAACUUGACAUCAGUCUGACAAAAAUGGCGAACGGAAAAGCUAGUAACCGUCACUUUGCAUUCACACUAGAUGGCGUUAUGUCAUCACCACUUUCGGUGAAAGCGACAGCUGAACAGAUAUCAACUGCCUUAAACAAAAUGUUCGCAGUUACCUGCCCUUCUUAUAUAUCUUCACCUCCGAAAGGGACGUACGGUUAUUUCAACGAUUUUGAAAAUCCUUCCGAUUACAAUCACAAUGGUGAAGCUGUCAGCGACAGGACCCCGUUCUGUGGCAAAGUCUCCGUCAAGAACCCGUCAGUGAUUUACUACAAUGAUAAAUAUCAACUUAGUUUGGAGAAAUUUCCUUUUCUGUGUACAGCACUUCAUGGUGAUGCUGACUUCGUGAUGAAAGUAAACUUCCAAUACAGAACCAACCCCACGGUUAAUCCAACCUCAAGGACAACUUAUAUACCAACACAUCUCACCUAUUUGACAGAGUGGAAAUAUAUCUGCUGGGACGUGUUAGAUUCUAUCAAAGUGACUGGCGGAAUAAUGUACAAACUGAAAGAAAUAAAAAUAGAACGGAAAAACAAUCUGAUUCUUUUGAUGGACGCCAUUAGUUUGAAAUUCAUCACAGACGGAACCAUAAUGUCAGAACUUGCCGGUGCCACAGUGCGGCAGUUACCGCCGCUGAAUCCCAGACUUGCUAUGAAACAAGUGAAGGUGGAAAAACUGAUAACGAAUGUAUUCCGGAUAACCUUUGAUGUCCAUAAUUGCACAGACAAGCUGCCCACGUUUCAAACCUUACCCAAAGAGAUUUUGCCCUCUUCACAAGAAAUGCUGCAAUCGAGUGGAAAUGUUGCCGUAGAGAUCCUGAAAAACAUCACACCUGGAAUUUGGACCCUGAUGAAAGCCAGUCCCCCCCUUGAAGGGUCAUUCAGAGUAUCAUUUAAUGGAGAACAAAGUGAAAGCGGGACCCAAAUCACGAUCGAUGGCUAUGGGUUCAGCCCUGAUAUGAUGGUCAAGAUGGAAGAUGAUUACUGUUCUGAUGUCAGCAUAGCCGUGGAUCAAAUCACGUGCAUUACCCCAUCAAAGAUUGGCAAUUUGGCAGUGACCCCAAUACAAGUGACGAAGGCAAAUGAUCAAAUCUCAGGAGAAUUCAACUACACCUACACAAAACCAACUGCUGAUAUUACUGGUAUCAACUUAGGCAGUUCAAAGGUCACAGGAGGUGAUGUGCUUAUUUUGACCGGCAAUAAUCUCAAUGACCCUUUCAAACUGCAAAUCGGCCGUGUUCCGGCCAACAUAAUGGCCAGUAAUUCUACGAAUGUAAUAGCAACAUUACCACCUCAAGGUCCAGGAAUUCAUGAUAUUCAACUCACCAUUGGAAAUGGUUUUGCAGCCAUAAGUUCUCCAAUCAAAGCCAUUGAUCAAACGCUGUAUGUGAGUAACGUGAGUCCAAGAAAGGGUUCGCUGUUCGGAGGGACUCGUCUUACAAUUACUGGGAAUGGUUUCCUUGUAGAUAAGGAUCUCAUCCACAUAAAAGUUGGGGAGGACACGCUGUGUGAAGUGGAGGAUUAUUCCAACACCUGGAUCAGGUGUACUUUACAAUAUACUGGCAAAACCCACAAAGUUACAAACCAAGGGAUUCAUUCAGACACUCCAGCUUCUCCGGGAAAUGUCAGCUGCAAUGCAAGUGAUUCGGUGAUUGGCAGUUGUAACGAAAGUCCUCUCACCUCGAAACCGGACGCCUUCUAUUUCCACUUCUCUGAAUGCAGCACCCCAGUGGUAAACUCAAUGACGCCCAGUGAAGGGACCAGUAAGGAUGAGAUAACAAUCAGAGGUAAUCGUUUGUCAAAGGUCAGAUGCGAAAACAUCGUGAAGUUCGGACAAUACAUGUGUCCCACGAUCGAAGAGAGUGACACGAAAAUUGUCUGCAAGAUUGAAACGAAAAACACUUACCCGAUUGGAAUACUUGUACCACUUACUUUAAAAAUCGAAAACAGAGGUUUCGCCCUGCUUGACUUCUCCGACGACAGACAACGACACUUUGGUCUCCUGCCGCACAUCGACAGCAUCAGCCCUAACAAAGGAUCGACAUUCGGUGGAACAACUAUCUCUAUCGCCGGUGCUGGGUUCGUCCACGAAAAGAGUUCUGUUGAAGUGACAAUCGGCUAUGAACGCUGCGACGUAAAGAGUGUCAGCUACACCUAUGUUUUGUGUGUCACCCCAAAGGGGACUGCGGGACAGUCGCCUCCACCACGUCUUCAACUGCUGGUUGUUAACGGCAACAGGAAGGUGCCGACCGUUUGUAAAAUUAGUAAGAACUGUACGUUCACCUACGAUGACAGCUUGACUCCGGUUGUUACCUCAGCGUCCCCGAUCAACGUGACUGGAAGUGGGGUUGAGUUAACCAUCAACGGCAACAAGUUCGGCAACGAGCCCAGGAAAAUACACGUGGAAACGGCUGGUGUUUCGUGUAAGGUGACUACAGUGAAAAACAAUGAGAUAAAAUGUUCGACAGGGGAUAUUCCAGCGGGGAACUUUCCUCUGCAUGUCUAUAAGGAAGGUAUCGGAAAUCUGGACACAAACAACAUCAGUUUACACAGGCAUCCCUAUUUAAAAGAGAUCAAUCCGAGUUCUGGAAGUUUUCAGGGAGGAACUUAUAUAACCAUAAAGGGUAACGGGUUUGUGGCGAAUGAUACCACAGUUACCAUUCACAAUAAGAACUGUGCUAUCAUCUCGGUUAGCGCUACCAUGAUUAUGUGUGAAACUCCGGCCAAUUCGCUUGGAAUAAAACUGCUUCGGGUCGUAUCAAAUGGAGAGACAUACCCGACUGGUAGUUUCAUCUACGAUAACGCAAACACACCAAAUAUCAUAUCUAUUUCUCCAAGCAACGGCCAGGCGGGAGACACGUUGACACUUGUGGGUGUUGGUUUCAGUUCUUCAAACGAUCAGAACGAUGUGAGGGUGGGUGACAGCAAAUGCACCGUAUUUUCAGCCACAUCCAACUCACUAAAAUGCACCCUCGCUCACCAGAAGACAGGAGCCUACCCGGUUAAAGUGAGGGUACACGGCAAAGGUUUUUCGACUGGCCAAAACGUGUUUAACUACGAUCUCCAUCUCAAAGACUUCUUGCCUUCUUCAGGAAGUUUAUUUGGCGGUCAAAGAUUAACAAUCACCGGAAGUGGCUUCGAUCCCAAUAACACGGUUGUAACAUUGUGCUCCAAACCAUGUAUUACUGAUAAACACCAUGUCCAAAAUACCAGCAAUUAUAUUUGUAUCACACCAAGUAAAAAUGCAAAUAUGACUAACAGUUGCAAUGUUUCCGUUGCCGUUGGAAAUUCCCAGAAAACCAGUUCAAAUUUAUACACUUACAAAGAAAGUGACACGGCCCAAAUAAGCAGUGUUUUACCAAAUCGGGGUGGCACCCGAGGAGGCACUAAAUUGACUAUCACAGGAUCAGGUUUCAGCUCUGACCCUAACCAAAACCACGUGACCAUCGCUGGUUCCUUGUGUAAUGUGAGCUUAGCCACAACCACAAGCGUCGUGUGUCGUACCAGCCAGCAUCAGAGUGUAGACUCAGCUAAAGUGGAACUAACAGUUGAAAACAAGGGUGGUAUCCUGGAAUUUGAUAAAAAGGAUGUUGAGCUUCGGGCUGAGAACAUAUUGAUAACUGAUGGUGGAAGACUUCAGAUUGGCACCGAGGAGGAACCAUUCCAACACAAAGCAAUCAUAACAAUGUACGGUAAUUUAAGGUCAAAGGAAUUGCCAAUAUAUGGAGCUAAAACACUGGCUGUCAGAAAUGGAACGCUGUGUCUUCAUGGUCGUAGACUGCUUCAUACUUGGACACAUCUCAUGAAGACGGUGAAAUCCGGAGAGAAAAAGAUCGUCCUGAAGCAUCCCGUGCCUGGCUGGCGAAUCGGAGAUCAUAUAGUGAUCGCAUCAACUGGCGGCCGACACAGCCAGCGCGAGAACGAGGUUCGCACGAUCGCAGCGAUAUCACCCGAUUACAAAGAGCUUACACUAAACAAGAGCCUCGAUUAUGAACAUAUAUCGACCGCAGAAACUAUAGAUCAACGUACUGUCGAAUACAGGGCAGAGGUUGGCUUGCUAACGCGUAACAUUGUUGUACGCGGUUCUGAAAAUAUAGAUUGGAGGACUAAAAUUGAAGCCUGUCCAGAUGGCUUUGAUACAGGAGAAUUUGCAACGCAAACCUGUUUCCAGGGUCGAUUCGGCGAAGAAAUGGGCAGCGACGAGUUCGGAGCGCAGAUUAUGCUCCACGCUCCAGUGCGUGACAAGAACCUAGCUGUAGCGCAUCUGUCCUACAUUGAAGUAACCUUCGCUGGACAGGCGUUCCGGUUGGGUAGGUACCCGAUACAUUUCCACCUGAACGGUGAUAUGAGUAAGUCCUAUGUACGUGGCUGCUCCGUUCACCGUUCGUUCAACCGUGCCAUAAACGUUCACGGUUCACACAACACGCUGGUUGAACACAAUGUUGUCUAUGACAUCAUGGGCGGCGCCAUAUUUCUGGAGGACGGCAUCGAGACGGGCAACACAUUCCAAUAUAAUUUAGUAGUGUUUGCGAAGCCGAGUACAAGUCUGCAGAACGAUGACAUCACACCAGCCAGUUUUUGGAAUGAAUUGAUACUUAGAGACCUUGAUGGAACUUUGACAGGAACACCUUAUGGCCAAGUCUUGCCUAGUGUCGAUAUUUUGCCACCAACAUGUCAAAAUGUUCCUGGGUUCAAUCAUGUACUAAUCACACAAGAAAAGGACAAAGUGCCAGACCGCUUCACGUUGGACAAGGUGACAUUUAUUCCGAGGUCUCUAGGCAUGCCCACCUACAAGGACAACAGUAAUGGUGAUUGGUUCUUUAAUACCACAGAGAAAACUCUGACCUACUUAAUUUCGGAUCGUGCUCGACUGACCCGAACCAAAAGAUCCUUAAGCACAGCUCGAGACAUCAGUGUGAAUUUUCAAGCUUACCGUUGUUUUUAUUUGAAUUGUGAACCACCGAAAGAUAAACAGAUGCAGCCUCCAGUACCGAAAAGACCAAACGUUUUCUUUUUGUGGUCAUCUCUGGAAACCUGGAAAAAAGCCAAUGAGAUCCUCAACCUCUCACUUCAAACCAAAAUCCCCGAAGAGAACGAAAAUGUAACAAUACCCACAGGCAUGUGGAUUGUGGUGGACAUUGAUUUACCGAAAUUCAAUACCAUUUACAUCUACGGCCAGAUGGAGGUCAGUAAUAAGUUGAGCGAGGUCACCAUCAGUGCCAACUAUAUCCAUAUUGUUGGUGGACGUUUGAUUGUCGGCUGGGAGAAUGAUCCCUACCCGGGCAAUGCUACUAUUGAACUAAGGGGCUCGCAGCAGACACCGCAGUUCGAUGUGAAAUCUGGACCAAAUUUGGGAUCAAAAGUCAUAGGUGUGUUUGGUGGACUUGACAUGCAUGCACUGAAGCGGAAAGUACUGUGGACACGCUUGGCUAGCACCGCCAAAAUUGGUACAAAGACGCUUGUACUGGAGGAAGCAGUUGACUGGAAAGUUGGAGAAGAGAUUGUCCUUUCAUCUACGGGUUAUAAUGCCUGGGAAACGGAAACUUUCAGAAUUGAUUCGGUUUCAGCAGAUGGCACCCAACUGACCCUCAAUGCCACUGUGGCCCAUGAGCAUAUUGUCCACCAAGAGACCAUCAACCAGAACCAAAUCAAGAUCGCAGCUGAUGUCGGCCUCUUCACUCGUAACAUCAAGGUGAUUGGCAAAGACUACAACAACCUCUACAAGGAAAUGUUUGGCGCCAGGAUCAUUGUCGGAGUGACUCAAACGGAACAAGACAAAGUAUUUGUCGGUUACAUACGACUUAGCAAUGUCGAGUUCUAUCACUCAGGCCAAUAUGGUUGGGCCACCAAAAACGACCCACGUUACUCGGUGGCUUUGCAUAAUUUAGGCACAAUAGACCAUAGGCUACGUCCUACUUACGUGAGAAACUGUUCGUUCCAUGACGGCUUCUCCACUGCCAUCGGAAUUUAUAGCAGCCAUACGGUCACUAUAGACAACAACAUUAUUCACCACACAAUCGGAUCAGGAAUUAUUUCCAAUUCUGACAACACGACACUACUAAACAACUUGGUAACAUUAGUGAUAUGUCCAGAUGUCUACGUAUGGGGGCUGAACUUCAAAGGCGGAAUUAAAUGGCAGGCCGGCAUCGAAGCAAUCCAAGUAGAAGGACUCGAUUUACGAAAUAACAUUGUGGCCGGCAGCCAACGUAUUGGUUACCGAAUUAACGGUGAAUACUGUACAGAAGUUUCUAGCUGGACGGGCAACAUCGUGAGAGGUGCUUUGCUAGGAAUUGCAGUUUUUGAUUUCGAUGUCAGCUCCAAGAAAACCGAGUGCGUUAAAUAUACCGGCUUCCAAAUUUCCCGUUGUACAGAUGCGGGCAUAUAUCAUAAUAACAGACCAGGAUUUAUUGUUGAGAAAUGCAUUUUUAUCGAGAACUCUUUGGGUGUGUUUCCAUUUGUGAUUGGUCCGCCAUCUUUGACCCAUCAGACCAGUUCCAAAGAAGUGGUAAUCAGAGAUUCAACCUUUGUCGGCCUUACCUCUUCGUAUGACUGCUCCAUUGACCGUCUCAGCAAAGCUGACCCCAACAUUGCCUAUAGCAGCCUGUCUCGCUCCAACACCGAUGGUUGGACAGUAGCAAUUGUGUGCCCAACGUAUACAUCAGGUUCCAACAAAGCCCCGGACAAGCCAUUCUUUAAUAUUAUGUCCUACCCUGCCAUCGAUGGAGUGAUGAAGAUCCACGGGGUGACGUUUGCACAUUUCAACAGCCGAUGUGUGAACAAGAUGAAGACAGUUGUACUAAAAUCUGCGCCUUUCAAUGAAGAUGGUCAACAUCCAGUACAUAUGCAUCAAUGCAGAAAAGUUGACGUUGACACUAACAGCCUCGUUUUCAUCCAGAGGCCAAACGUUAAUCAAAAGAAAGUGUUAAUCUUGGACUCCGACGGCAGUUUUAUUGAUAGCGGCGACUCCCCAAUCAGUGUGUUCUCUGUCUCUGAGUGGGAGUGGGGCGGGGACAAGCGCCGAGGGCUCGGCGACUACCGGAUCCCCAAAGAAGCCCGAGCGUAUCCAAAUGGCUCCAAAAUGCCAAUUGAAGAAUUAGCAACAGGAAGAGGAAUUAUUCGAAACCCCAACUGCGUGCUCCGAAACCAGUGGCAGGCUUAUCAAUGCAACAACAGUGAAUACGCCAUGAUGAUAAUUGAAAGUUUGGACGAGGACACAGAGACGCGACGACUUUCGCCAGUUGCCAUCGUUGGUAACAAAUACAUAGACUUGAUCAACGGUCCGCAGGACCACGGCUGGUGUUCGGGUUAUACGUGCCGCAAGAGAAUUUCCACUUUCAUGGCCAUCGUUGACCCCACCUACCCAUUUGAUAUUUAUUUUUCAAGCAUCACCCCGCAGAAACUCCGUCUCCAUCUAUUAAACAGCGACAAGAAGAUCUCAGUGUCGGUAUACUACCAAGUUCCAAAUAGACAAGAUGUCUACGAUUACACAAAUACUUUUAUCCUACCGAAAAGCGCUUACAUGGACAACGGUGAGAUGAAAUACAAGACGGUGAAAGAGUCAAACCGAAAAACAUUUCUACCGACCACUGCUGAUGUGGUGGCCGAGAAUUUCUUUGACCGUUGGGAACAGAAAGUCUACGUGAUUGUUGAAGGAGGGAAACCGGUAGAUAUUCGUGUCAACCCGAUUGUGGUGGUUACUUUCUCUUUCGGGGGAGUAAGUGAGAGCGAAUUCUUUGGAGAAAAUCUGGUCAGAAACUUGGCACUUUUCCUCGGUAUUCCCGCUAGUAAGGUGAGGAUCGUAGAUAUUGUUAAAGAAGGUGCUGCCAGACGUAAGAAACGAGCUGUGUCCGGGGUGAAAGUCACCACGGAGAUCGGGGAUCAGCCGUCUAAUGAGAGUAACGUUACAAACUCCAGCGUUCCUACCAACAGUUCUUUGUCGUCUCAAAGUUUGCAGAACAUCUCGUCGCAGUUGGUGAACAGCCGACAGUUAAAAUCUUUGGAUCAACACCUUAAAUACCAAAUAGUCAGUAUGGCAAUGACCCCUCCUGUGGUUCCAGUCACUGAUCCUAACUGGAGUAAGACACAACAGACGAACUCUACUUUCACAGUCAAGGUACCGGACAAACUGAAGCUGGUUAUUAGCCCGAAGGUGUCCUACGAAGGCGGAGUAUUUAAUCAGGGGCCAUGCCUUCAAUUCUUAGAUACCUCGGGUAACCCAUUAAACAUCCUUGGAACUCCUGAAAAUCCAUGGCGCAUUUCGGCCACUUUAGUAAAGGGCAAAGGUAGCCAUGCCAACGCUGUCCUAUCGGGAACGACCGAAGUUUCGCUGUAUGACGGCUGGGCCAACUUCACAAAUAUUGCUAUAUCUCACAAAGGCUCUGACUAUGGCCUUACAUUCCAAGUUAGUUAUCCCUCUGAUGCUGGAAAAUUCGCUGCUAAAGUAGAACCAUCAUUAAUCGUGCCAAAACGGCCACUUUCAUUGAUGAUAACACCAUCGCAGUUUGUUGCAGGGAAGAGUAAAAACUUGAAUAUAAUUCUCAUCGACAUCAUCACAAAGCUGACAAUCCCUAAUAUAAAAUGGAGGAAACACAAAUGGCAGGUGAAAGCUGUACUGGUAAAGCCAUACCUGUACUAUGGUUCCGUGUACAACAUCGACACAGAAGUGAAAGAGGACACGGUCAACAACCAGUUGGUUUUCAACGAUAUAAUGUUUACGAAACCAGGCGUCUACAUCAUCCAACUGACCACCACGUCGACACCGGAUGAAUACACGAUCGUUGCCGAGGAAGAAAUUCGAGUGAAGCAGUCGCACCUUCUGGUGUUUAGCGACCCCGUGUCAAGUUCAAUUAAGAUACUCGUUGACAUCGACUACAACAAGGUUGGGCCAGCCAAUGAAAAGUAUUUCCGGGUGUUAAUGGAGAACUACUUAAUUUAUAAGUACCCAAAGGUCACUUUUCCAGAGGUACUGGUGUCCGAAUCGGAAAAUAAUAUGAUGGAUGUCUUCGUCAAGUUAUAUGGUAAUAUCAACGAGGUGUCAGCAACGUCAAAGAUGAUCUGUGACAUGGCCAAGGAACAGCAAAAGAUCACAUUCAACUCACACCAGGCCUACAUUAUUUUCAGCAUACAAGUUAAUGGCACACGAUUUCUUGGUUCAUCUUGUGGAUCAAAGGAUGGUAAAGUUACGAAGACCAAGACAUUUCCUUUAGAAAUAGUCGUUGGAGUGUCAGUAGCUGUGACCCUCUUGCUUGCUGGCGCCAUCUUCUUUCUUUUGUUGAAAUUUCAAGUGAUUCCAAAAUAAAGAUUUGGAAAGUAAAUAAUGAACUGUCAGUGCCUAAUGGUUAAUGUCUGAUGUUUGAUGUCUUGUAUUUUUAAGUUUAAUGUCUGGUGUCUGAAGAAUGUUUCAUUUGAUGGCUUACUCAAUACUUGAUGUCUGAUGUAUUGUUAUAUUAAAUGAUCUGCUUAAUGUUUUUUUAUGUUUGAUGGUUAAUGUUGAUGUUUAAUGGUUAAUUAUCUAUGUCUGAUGGUUGAUUUUCACAUCUGAUGUCUUCUGAAUGCUUGAAAUGUAAUUUCAAUACAUGUCAUUUUUCUGAUAGAUACCUGAUGGCAGGUAAAUGUUUCUUAUUUGAUCAACACAGAGAGAACAUCUCUUUUCCAUAUCUUCUUUAAUUAUUUCAAAUAUCUCAUAUAUCUCCCCGACCACUUAUGAAUUGCUACAAAUUUCUCAUGUCCCUUACGCCCUCCGCCCUUCCAUUUCAUACGUCCUCCCACUUCUAUAAAUUGCUACAAAAUUACCAUGACCAUCGACCCCUGUAAACUGCUAUGAAUAUAUUGUGUUCUUUUCAUCAACUGCUGCACAUGUCUCCUGAAGAUCUGCAAUGGGAAAUUCCAUAUACAUAUAUGUAUA